AUGGAGUGCUUCAAAACCUUCCGCCUACCAGAUUUGCAGUCCUUCUCUCGUUGACCCAGCAAUCGGGCUUUUUCUCUCCCAGACUUUAGCGAGCCGGUUUUCGAGUUGGAGUGGCCCUCCCCCCUUCCUCCGCCACAGUCCCGUUUCCCUGAAGCAAAUUCCUGGCAUCAUCCUCGCCGUCAUCCAGACGGUCUGCCGCUUGCCAAUAACCGUCUCGGUGUGCACGAGGAUGUCUCCUUCGACGUCUACCUGGACCGCUACCGCGAUCGAAAGGACCUGAACGCCGAGGUGGUGCGCGAACGCCUGGCUGCCGAGGGCAACCCUCUGAAUGCGGACGAGCUGACGCGCCAACAACCGGAGUUCCCUCUGGCAGUGCCGAUCGACCCUCAGAUGCCCUCCUGGUGGAGGGUACGGGAACGGCAGAAACGCCUUCGUCAAGGACGUUGGCAAGCUCUGGAGGGACACCAGGACUAG